UCAGUUUACUGUUGGUCUUUUAAUAUUUCAGGGGUUUGGUUAACUUUCUUUUCUUAAUUCUAUCUCCGUUUCAUUAACAACUCUAGUAGUUCCGGCCAUUUCGUUUUCCCCCGCCGGGCCACUUCCGGUGUCCCGGUAGCCCGGCCGGGCCUAUGACGUCAUUUUGGGGAUAGAAAUACGUAAGCUCUAGGGUUUGGGGGAGUGCACUUUUGGGAUUUGAACGCCAGAAAACAGUUGACUUUAGUCUUUAUUACAUUCUACAUUUUUAUCUAAACAAUAUAUAUCUUACUAACCAGGAUGGAAAUUCAAAUCUUUGCUGAUGGAGAUUUUGAAGAUGAGGAUUUAGAAAACCGAAUUGAAUUUUUCUAUACACCUAUAACCAUGCAGUGUCCUAUUGAUGGUUGUAACGCCGGUCGGUUUGGAUCAAAAGCUAAAUAUCAAAGACACUGGGACGAGAAGCACCUAUAUUUAUCCAUCAGUUACAGUUGCCCUGAGAGAUUGUGCAAAUCAGUAUGUAGACGGAAAGCUGAUAUGAAGCAGCACCUUAAAAAAAUUCAUGAAAUUGAAAAUGUACUUAAACUUGAAACAAAAUUAACCACAUGUAAAAAAGAGGUCAGAGAAAAUAAAGGAUUUGUAGAUCCUGGUAUUUUUAUUUUUCGUGGCCGGACCAAACUAGCAACAACAACAACCUCUACCACAUCAUUGACAAAUACUGUUACCACUAUGGGUAACAUCAACACACCGUCUAUCACCAACACAUCAUUGACAAAUACUGUUACCACUAUGGGUAACAUCAACACACCGUCUAUCACCAACACAUCAUUGACAAAUACUGUUACCACUAUGGGUAACAUCAACACACCGUCUAUCACCAGUUCACCAUCUAUCACCAGUACACCAUCUAUCAUCACUACACCAUCUAUCACCACUUCACCAUCUUUCGUUGUAAAUCUUCCAUCAAAAUUUCCAGAAACACCAAGAAGACCGCCAUUACUUCCUCUACCAGACUUUCCUAUAUUUCCUGAUCGAACCCCAUUUUCCUUAACAUCAAGAAUUUCUCUUACCGAGUAUAGAAACAGAAGCCAGCUGGAAACAGAAAAUGCCUAUUCUGGGCAUCCUGCACACAACCACUCUGGUUGUACAUCAACAAUUCAGAGUAAAAACUUGACAACAGAGAAAAACAACCAAUCUGGUUGUAAAACCACAAGCAGUGAAACUCAAACAUUAAUAACAGAUCUGCCUCCGUUAAUACUGCCACUAAUACCAGAGACCCGCCCAGAAGUUGAAUCCCUUCUGAGAUGGCUGUGCAACUCUAUGGAUUCUAUUGGACGGUUGCGUGAGUCAGCGAAGCACAAGUUGGAGGAUAUAAAGGAAUCAGGAAGCAGGCAACAAGACAGAGACAAUAGAAGGAAGCUUGAAGCAGAAAACCGAGAACUCAGGAGACAGAUAGCCGAAAAUAAAUGGAGAGAAGAACUAUUCAGAGACAUUGCCAAACAAUAAACGUUGAAACUUUAUAUUUUAUAUUGUGAUGUUACUCUAUAUCUAUUAUAUUUAU